AUGGAGGAAUUAUCACCACAACAACAAAAUAUGAAUACACCAAUAUUUGAUGGACACUCUGGUAAAUACAAUAACAAUACAUUCUUGGGUAGAUUUCAGAAUUUCAGAGAUGUAACAGAUCCAAGAUCGAUGUUUGUAAGCGAUCAAGAUGUAAAGGAUUCAUUAGAUUUACUUGAUAGAUUCAAAAAAGGAUUGGUUGAUCCGGUUUCAAAUAACGAUGCAUUGUGGAAGGCUAAAAAGGUUGUCGAUGCCACCAUUCACCCAGAUACUGGUGAUGUCAUCCCAUUAGCAUUCAGAAUGUGUUCUUUCUUGCCAAUCAACGUUGUUAUUUGUGCAGGUUUAAUUUUACCAAAUCCAGCAAUCGGAACAACUAUUUUCUGGCAAUGGAUAAAUCAAUCAUACAAUAUUGCAUUGAAUCAUGCAAAUAGAAAUGCUAGUAAUACAAUGAGUACUCAACAAAUUUUUAAGUCAUAUGUAUCGGCAGUUGGUAUUUCAUGUUCUCUGGCGGUAGGUCUUGGAUAUGGAGUCAAUAGAUUAAAGAUUCCAAGUGUAGCAGUACAGAAUGGUUUGAAGAUGUUGGUGCCAUUCACAGCAGUCACAACAGCUGGUGUUGCCAACGUUCUGAUUAUGCGUGGCAAUGAGAUGAAGGAUGGUAUCGACGUGAAGGACAAGUUUGGUCAGAUCCACGGAAAGAGUCAAGAAGCAGGAAAGAUGGCAGUUUACAAGGUAGCAUUCUCGAGAGUUGCAACUUCAUUCCCAGCGCUGCUGCUGCCACCCAUCGUCAUGAGUUUUGUCGAUAAGCUAAAGUUUGUUCAAAAGUAUCCAAAAGUCAAACUACCAAUCAACUUGGCAGUGAUCGCCGCCAUCUUUAACAGCUCUCUACCAGCAGCUAUAGCUCUCUUCCCACAAGAAUCCACCAUAGAGACUAGCAAAUUAGAGCCAAGAUUCCACAACCUCAAAGACAAAGAUGGUAACCUGAUAAAAGAAUUUAUUUAUAACAAAGGUUUAUAA